AAUACUUGCCUUACCUAUUUCUCAGGACUAUCAUGAGGAAAAACUUUGUAAAAUAAUCUAUACUUUAAAAAUUAUGUAACAAGUUCGGUGUCCUUAGAACCUCCCCUUUUUAUUAUUUGUAUAUAAAACUUCGUGUUUGUUGAUUAAGCUCAUAAUAAAAAAGAAAAUUAAAAAAAAAUUUUAAACUUUAAAGAGUUUUCAAAAUGCAAGCUAUUCUUCUUUUGGACUCCUCCAUCUCAGUGAAAGGACUCAACCUGCCUUGUUGUCUGAUGCCAGGAGCUGAGCUCAGCCCAGCCAUGGCCCAGGAGACCAACCAGACGCAGGUGCCCCUGCUGUGCACCACAGGCUGUGGCUUCUAUGGAAACCCUCGAACCAACGGCAUGUGCUCUGUCUGCUACAAGGACUUCCUCCAGCGGCAGCAGAAUAGUGGGCGAAUAAGCCCCCCAGUAGCCAGCAGCCCCAGUCCUGCUGCCCUGGAGACCUUCCCUGUAGCAUAUGCAGAAGAGGCGGACCCUACACCUGAUGAUGUCUUGGCCAGAUCGAGCUCUCAGACUCCUGUAACCCACCAGAUGACAGCUAUGAGCAUAUCCAAGGAAGAUAGCCAAAGCAAGACAGUCAGUUAUGUCCAGUCAGACGAAGCCAUCUCUACGACUCCCUCAUCAGGGUCUUUGCUCGAGACAUCUCAGAGCUCCUCUGAGGAAGAGAAGUCGUCUGAAAAAUCCAAACCGAAAAAGAACCGCUGCUUUGCUUGUCGGAAAAAAGUGGGUCUGACAGGCUUUGACUGCCGCUGUGGAAAUCUGUUUUGCGCCAUGCACCGAUACUCAGAAAAGCACAGUUGCCCCUUUGACUACAAGGCUGAGGCCGCUGAGAAGAUCCGCAAGGAGAACCCCAUCAUUGUGGCUGAGAAGAUUCGAAAGUUGUGAAGCAUGGCAUCCCUGAGGGGCACGUUCAUCCGUGCCAUUUAAGAGGUCCUUGACUCCUCACCCUGAAGCCAGACCUCUCCCUCCAGACGGGGGGGAUCUGGCUGAAUCAGCUCUGAAGCCAUCUCUGGGGUUUGGGUAUUCCCCAAGAUAAAGAACUCUGCAGCUCGAAAGCCCUUAGACUUGUUUGUGUCCUCUCCCUCCCUGGCUCCAGGGAAGAUAGUGGGACCAGCUCCCCUCAUGUCUCAGCAGGAAGCCUUGCCCUCAUUUCUGUAUCCCCUCCCUUCCCUUGCCAUUUCCCAGGAUGUCCUGACACUCCAGCAAAUCGGGGGCUUACUUUCCAAUGGGCAAGAGUGUCCCCUCCCAACUAGGAUCUUCCUGCUGACCACAGGAGCUGUUUGUGACCCAGGCAUAAGAGGUGCAUUGGAGGAGGCCCUCUCCCUUCCCCCAUCACUGUCCCCCAUGUCCUCCUGCCCUCCACAUGCACUCACCUUGCUACCUACGUUCUGCCUUAACUGUGCAUUCCUAGUUCUCAGGUUUGCAUGUCCAGCUCAGACUAGCACCCUAUCUCCCUCACAGGGAAAAAUCUCAGAGGAACCUUAGCUUCGUGUAAAGGUAUUGCUGAUAGUUAGCAAGCCUGGGUGAAGGGCAGAACCAUAUUGGUGCUCUAAUUCAAUACUUCCCCCCACCCCGGAUUCCUCUUGUAGGCACCCAUACCUUCAAACCUGUGUGCCUAUGCCUGUGCCCAUAUCAAGCUGACUCAAUUUGCUUUUUCCAUGGGAAGCAAAAUGUCUGUGCUGAGCAUUGGUCCCCACCCCCCACCCCACCCCCACCCCUGAUCCAUUGGGUACACAGCCACCUGUCCUCAGGUCACAUGGCAUCUUGAGUGGAUCUUUGGGGGAUGGGAUAAAGUGGAAUUCUCUUUCGUGUUCCCCUUUUCUCCCUGGGAAAUCUUUGUGGGCAUGCAAUCCUGAAAAGCAAACCAGCUUGGUUUAGAGGUGGGGAAUGGAGCCCCCUAGUACUGUGAAGGAGAAAGGGCCCUACAGCCAAUUAGGAGAAACCUCUACUGGGGCAAAGAAAGUAAAUAUCUGGCUCCUUUGGAGUCCAAAAACCCAGCACCUUAAAAGAACUGCCUGAACCUCUCCAAGAGGCAGCAGGAGAAUAAGUGUCUGGCAGCCCAAUUGGAUUUUGAAUCUAGUUUCUGCUCCUUCCCCUCCCCAGGGAGUUGAGUCAGCUCUGCACUGAGGUCUUGGCUCAAAUUGGCCCUUCAGGCCCCUCUCAGAGGCCAAUGGGCAGUACCAGCCUGCCAUUUUCUCAGGAUUCCCACAGUUGCCAAGGCUGUUCUGGAUUUUCAGUGCUGCUGACUUCCUUCCCACUCUUCCUCUGCCUUCUUAGGCACAUGCUCCUGUUUGCCUCAAGCCUAUCAACAAGUCAUCCCACUUUUUCUGUUUUCACUUCUACUGACAGAUUUUAUGUGGCUGGACAGGGGCAGCAGUCACAGCCCAUUCACCCCUCAGGACUAGACUUUGCCCCACCAGGUAUGUCUGCUGCCCCUCAGCCUCUUGACCAUGUAGACCCUUUGUAGCCCCAGGGGCUAGUUGGUGGGCUGUGUGGCUUCCAGCCUGCUGUCCCCUCCCUCCUGCUGAACCAGUUUGAUCUUAUUUUUCUUUUCCCUGUCCCCCAGCAUCGUGCCCCACCUAUGUAAAUAUUAAUAUAUUCCGUUUGUCUCCA